GUACGAACAACUGGGAACUUCUAAAUUCUUAGGGUUUAACUUUGGAUAUUACAAGUGGUGUUGUUGGAGAAUUUACAAGAACAUGAUGACUGCGGAUAAUGUGAAAGUCACUAUGUUUGUUAUUCUAGGACUUAUUAUAGGUGAAACAUUUGGAUUGUAUUUAACAAAGACAAAGCGAAACAAUUUAGGUAAAAUUUUAUAUGAGACAAAUCUUCAAAGUCGAAACAAAAGAGACAUUCGUUCAGAUUAUCCAUCUGUUCACCAUUAUGCCAGACAUGCACUAUGUCGAACAUUCAAGGGUAAACAACAUUUAUACAAAGCAAUGAAGAAAAAGAUAUGUGGAAUGACAUUGUCCUUCAUAGCAAGUUUGGUGAUUGAUCUUUGUCACCAUAGACAUACGAUGCUAGAUACCUGGGUAGCCGGACUGUUUGAUGUUGAUGGUGACGGGCAGAUAAGUCAUUUUGAGCGAAAUAUGUAUAAAGAUAAUUACAGCUGAAUUGGGAUAUGAAGUGAAAAUUCACAAUCGCAAAUUCAUUAGGAGGUUUUAUGCAAAAGUGAAAAACCACAAAGCCCUAGGCUAUAAAUGCGGUCUAAUUUAUCUUAUUUUACACAGACGAAAAAUGUGUCUGAAUGCAGUAAUUCAAACUAAGACUUCUUUGAUUAGCGCUAUCGACAGAAUUCUUUGCAUACACUUUUUAAUGUUAUUAAGGAAUAUUACUUUUAGAUCUAAAAGCAAAAUGUAUGCUCUAAGUUGAAAGCUUAAAUAGGCCUCAAAAUGCAAUCGCUUUCUUUGCACUGUUGGCAAUUUGUA